GAAGUAACAGCGCCGUAGUUUCAUAUUUCGAAUAAAAUUUUAGUGGUCAUAAUUUCUGAAUAUAUCAUAAUAACUGAUAAGAGCUCAAAUAAGAUUCCAUUAUUCUAUUGGACUUAAACCGGUUCUGGACAUUCUAAGCGAGUUUGCUCAGUUAGAAACGAACGUAAACAUUUUCACUGAAAGACUGAAUAUAUGAAUAGUGUUGUGUGUUGUGAGAACUUCUUCAAAUAUUUUUUCAUUUAAAAAACGUUAAAAAACAACAUAAAAUGCUCGUGAGGAGUUUAAAUCCUCGCUUCUUUGUAGGAGGUAGAUCAUUGAAGAUUGCUUCGUCAAGUUUGAGUUGUGAUUCAGUAAGAUGUAGUAGUAGUCAUACUUUGAAAGUAUCUGAGCAAAUAAGAGAAAAAAGAAAAAACGCUCUGUUGGGAGGUGGAAUAGACAGGAUAAAUACUCAACACAAAAAGGGAAAACUAACAGCUAGAGAAAGAAUCCAUUUAUUUUGUGACAAUGAUAGUUUUGUUGAGUAUGACAUGUUUGUUGAACAUACUUGUACAGAUUUUGGAAUGGAGAAACAGACAUUUCCAGGAGAUUCCGUAAUAACUGGUCACGGUCUAGUCAACGGUCGACCUGUCUAUCUCUUUAGCCAAGAUUUCACCGUUUUUGGUGGCAGUUUAUCAACUGUACAUGCCAAAAAAAUAUGUAAGAUUAUGGACCAAGCUAUGCUGGUGGGAGCCCCAGUGGUAGGACUCAACGACUCUGGGGGCGCUAGGAUUCAAGAGGGAGUUGAUUCUCUAGCAGGUUACGCCGAUAUAUUUCAACGUAAUGUCUUAGCUUCAGGUGUUAUACCACAGAUUUCUGUCAUUAUGGGACCCUGUGCAGGAGGUGCAGUGUAUUCUCCUGCUAUGACUGAUUUUACAUUCAUGGUUGAAGAUACUUCUUAUCUUUUUAUUACUGGACCUGAUGUUGUUAAGUCAGUUACCAAUGUGGACGUAACACAAGAAGAGUUAGGGGGUGCCAAUACGCACACAUCAAUAUCAGGGGUGGCCCACAAAUCUUUUGCAAAUGACGUGGAGGCUCUACUUCAACUCAGAGAUUUCAUGGGUUUCCUACCACAAUCAAACAGUCAAGCUGCCCCGAUAAGAGCAUGUGACGAAAGAUGUGAUUUGGACGUGCGAAUACUCGAAACUAUAAUUCCAUCAGAAACAACAGCAGCUUACGAUAUGCUAGAUAUUAUUAUAAAUAUAGUGGAUGAAAGAGAAUUUUUCGAAAUAAUGCCGAAAUACGCCAAAAAUAUAAUUGUUGGUUUUGGAAGGAUGAACGGAAGAUCUGUUGGAAUUGUUGGCAAUCAGCCAAAAGUGGCAGCUGGUGUAUUGGACAUAAAUGCUUCGAUAAAAGCAGCUCGUUUUGUUAGAUUUUGCGAUGCCUUCAAUAUUCCUAUCAUUACACUGGUAGACGUUCCUGGUUUUCUACCAGGAGUGAAUCAAGAACACUCAGGAAUAAUCAGACAUGGAGCAAAACUUUUAUAUGCAUACGCAGAAGCUACUGUGCCAAAAUUGACUGUGAUAACAAGAAAGGGAUAUGGAGGUGCGUACGAUGUGAUGGCAUCAAAACAUCUCAGAGGGGAUGUAAAUUAUGCUUGGCCAACUGCCGAAGUAGCCGUGAUGGGUGCUAAAGGAGCAGUUGCCAUUUUAUACAGGGGAAAGUCUGAUGUGCAGAAAUAUGAAGCUGAAUACAUUGAGAAAUUCGGGAAUCCGUUUCCAGCAGCGCAGAGAGGUUUCAUUGAUGAUAUAAUAGAACCAAGGACAACUAGAUGGAGAUUAUGCCGUGACUUGAAUUUGCUGGAAACCAAAAAUUUGAGGAACCCACCCAAGAAACAUGGAAACAUUCCACUGUGAAAUAUUGAAGGAUUAAAUGAAUAAACCAUAUAGAUCUAAA